AUGCAUCGUCUUUUUGCUGAACUGGAGCCAUCUUUAACCGUCACAGAGCAAAACCUGGCAGACCGAGUUCGGUAUAUCUUGCGCUCAAAUACAUUUGAUGUCGCCGAACUCGAACGGCUACGACGUGAGGCUGUUCCCUCGUCGGAUGAGAAUGCUACGGCUGAGGAUGCGGCGCCACAAAUGGUAGAGCGCAACCCGCAAACGUGGAUGCCGCCUACGCCUCUCGAAAAUCGACCGCGACUUCCCCGCAUAGCCCUAAGCAAGCGGAAUCGGGCUGUCGUGAGGGCGCUGAACCCAAAGCUGGUGACCUAUUUGGAAGCCAGCCGGGACCUUUGCGAGACGGACUCAAUUCUUUUUGGCGCCGCGCUGGCAGUUUGCCGUAUCAUAGGCGCCAAGGUUUCCACGGCUGGACGCGCUACUGGCCAUAGUAGCGCUAUCCCAGCCUGGAGAAGAAGAAUUGAGGAACGUAUCGCAAAGGCUAGAGGUCUCAUCGGCAGACUGAUAUGCUUCAGAUCAGGCAACAACAGGCCGAGAAUUGUGCGCACCGUCAGGAUAGCGUUUGCUGGGACAAAUAUCAGUUUGUCCCAGCCGGAUAUAACGCAAAAACUGACGGAGCGCAUAGAUGAUCUGAAGCAGAGAAUAGCUGCUUGGGGAAAACGGAUUCGGCGAUAUACCGAGAGGUCGACACGGUUCAACCAGAAUCGUCUCUUCCAGAGUGAUCAGAAGAGGCUCUAUGAAUCAUUGGAGCGACCAAUGGUAAGUGGAACGGGUCCAGCAACCGAAUCAGGCCGACACUGUAGCAUUCUGGCGCGGCCUGUGGUCAGAGCCCGUAAACCACAGCGAGGGCCCUUGGACGGAAGUUGUGGCGAGUCAGUGUGCGGGUAUUACGCCCAUGGACCCCAUCAUCAUAAAGCCGGAUGA